GUGCGAAUAAGGAGCUGCAGAUGCGCCUUGAAUGCUGGGAGACGACAUCCUUGACACCAGUUUGUUCACAUUCGGCGAGCACAUUGAUUUCCGUCGGCCUCCCCACUGACAGGUUCUGGAGCCAACGUACACGGGGCCGCUUACAAGGUUCAACCGACCGAAUUUCCCCAAUGACAACCUCAAGUGAUGCCCCGAGUACGCAGCACUCCACCUCAAAAGAUCUGCAUUCCCCCUUGUUCAAGCCAACUUUACGGGCUAUGCGGAAUCCGACGUCUCAGAAACAGACAUCAGGGGUUGUUUCAAAGAACUUUGCGGAGUUGGAGAGCCGCAUUGAGCAUGUCUUCGGAAGUAUGGAGGGAUGACGGAAGAGAGGCUGCAAGAGUGACUUACAAUCUCCAAAACAAACAGCCAGCAACGCCAUCCUCUCCGCCAUUUCGAACAAAAGCCUUCAUGCUACACUUCCUCCCCAGCUUCUGGCGACGGAUAAGGGCAAUGACGAUAAGCCGAAUGAAGGCGCCGCAACCCGUUUGCUGUCGUUGGACGACAGAUAUGCAGGUCAACAUAAUUGCCUAAGAUCUUGAGAAAGGGGCACACGACGGCAUUGUGGGAAUUUGGCUCAUUUAACGGUCAGCUUACUGCACGUCUAUUGUGGUACCGACCCCUACCCACCUUAUCAAUUCGACAAAGUGUGAAGAUAGCCAGCUUGUACGGCAUUGGCGGAUAGAGCCACGCCACGCACACUCAGCUUGCAACCAUCCUCUUCUCUACUCGCAAUGACCUCUAGUGGAUGCGAGACUCGGGUCGUACGUCAAUCCAUCAACAAGAUGCCCUUCGAUUUUUGUCCUACAAUGGCUUUGCUGUUCUUCUCCCUGGGACCUACUAUCUCAGCCUUUCGAACAUCCCCUCAUCGAGAUAUGAGGGACAAGGUGGGUCAUUCUGUUGGAUGAAGGUUUGAAGAUCUCCCCCGGUUCAGGCAGGCUCAGGAUACGUUUGACUUUUGCUCAAUCUCUGGCUGCGCCAUGGCAUGCCCCUUUUUCAUUUGCACGAUACGGUGUGGAGGCAGAACACUAUCUGAUCGGUGCACGAAGAAAAGGAGUUCCCAAGCUAGCUCACUCCAUAACCCCCAACCGCGCAGGAACGCGUGGAAAGAAAGACGGGGAGGCUGAGGUGGC